AGAUUAAAAUAAUUGAAAAGCAACCAAAAAUAUUAUUUCGGCCAAAAGGCCGGGCCCACAGCUAGUAACUACUAACUAAACAAGGAAAAUAAAGGGUAAGAGAGAAAGCCUAACCCUACCCUAGAUACGUACAGCUCCUGCGUGGCUAUCAUAUCUCGGCGGCCGUAAUGGAUUACUCUCAACUGCCGGAGGAGUUGAUAGAGAAGAUAGCGAGGGAUCACUUUGACAGCUAUCCCUGCCUCUUAGCUUUCUCUAGGGUCUGCAAAUCAUGGAGAUCCACCGCCCUCCGACUCCACCACCGCCGCCAAUCGUGCCUCCCGGGACUGCUCGUACCCAAACGCGUCGAAUCGCAACCCCCGCUCGACUCGUAUUACAACAGCGACCUAAUCCACGAGUUCUAUCCCCUCGCCGCAAUUUCCCCUGCCUCCGCCGCCCAGACGCCGUCCCCACGCGCCACUCUCUCCUUCUUCCCUGCUCCGACCAAGCUAUCGGAUGCCCUAGGCCAACGCAACCGCUACCUCGACCUCUACCGCAAUGCAGUCGACGAAUUCGAACCACCCCCGCCUUACUACGAUGAUGAUGACGACAACGAUGAAGACCAAUCCUCAUUAUGGUACGAUGAUAAUUGGUUUAGUCGUAUAAACACAUCUUCAUCCGAAUCAUCUGCUCGUUGCUUGGAUUCCAAAAACGGAUGGAUCCUCCGCACCCUCCCAGGAGGUCACCACCCGCAGCUGGAACUGUACCUCCUAAACCCGUUCACGGGCGCCUCCGUCCCUCUCCCUCCCCUCGGAGGAAGCAUCUCCAAAGCCAUCAUCUCCUCUUCCCCUGACGACGAAGAAUGCCACGUGUUCAUCAUUCCUGGAUGGGGUGGGAGAGUAAAGUGGUGCAAAGCAGGAGGAGGAUCAGGACAAGGUCGUGGUGGUUGGGGAUUCGUGGGCGACAACAUUGAUUCUAGUUUCGUCGAUUACCCCGAGGAUGCAGUGUGCUUCGGAGGCAACCUCUACGUGGUGGAGAAUUACGGCCGUGUCCUCGUAUUUGAUAUAACGUCCGCUACUCCUUGGGCUCUCACGAGGUCAUUCACCUUCUCCGAAGCCAUGUACGAGGUGACGAUGUGGAGGUUUUGCCACUUGUGUGAGCUCAACGGCCAGCUCCUCGUCGUCCUAAGCGAGGACCGGCUGGAAUCCAUCCUUCCCCGGGUCUUCAAGCUACAAGGAGGAGGAGGAUCGGGUGACGACGACGGCGGCGAUGGCGGUGUUGCUAGUUACUAUUGGGAAGAAGUGAGGAGCUUGGAUGGAUAUGGUGUGUUCAUAGGGCCGCACGAGUCUUUCUCGGUCCCGUCUUGUGCUGGCGGGGUGAAGGGCGACCACAUCUACUACGCGUUGGAUCAUGCCCGGCCCUUGGAGUAUUGGUUCAACUGGAAUGGCGUGUUCGAUCUUGUUAAUCAAAAGUUCGAGAGCUUUGCUCUUCGUCGUCGGGACGACGGUAUAUGCUACAGGACGCAUCCCUCUUUCUGGUUCCUUCCUAUGACCUGGGAUAUUUCUAAGCUACACGACAGACAUAUAGAGAAGAAAAAGGCUUGGAAACGGGAGCGCCUACUUCCGGGAUCAGAGCAUUGGAAGUUGCCAAAGAGAGCAAUCAGGAACCCUCAACAUCCUACUGAUCAUAAUAUUGCCCGCACCAACAGAUUUCAAGCUUUGCUAUCGGACGAGGAGGAUGAUGAUGUCGAGGAAGGUUAGAAGGAGAAACUGCAACAAGAAGGAUGGAUGGUCAAAAACAACAAAACGACGCCAGUCAGAGGGUUUUGAUAAAUGGGUAACUGUUUGUUGUUUUCUUUUACCAAUGCGAAGAAAGCAGAUAUGUAGCUUUGGCUACUACUUAGUUGCUUUUGGCUACCCAUUCUUCAACUUGAUUAAGAACGAGAACUCAUGUUGUAGUGAUUAUGGAAGCUAUGAAUUUUUGUCCUGUUAGAAUGAACUCGUAGUGUAGAUGCCAAUUAGAGGUUAUAGAGAACUCUACAACAUUGUGUGCAAUUAAUUUCCUUACAUUGAUCAUUUGUAUGAAUUAUGUUUAUGUGUCAGGUCAGUAUUUAUCAGAGAAUUGAUGUUAGAUUGCAGUAGCUAUCUAAUUGAGUUUAUAAAUACAGUACACUAUCGUCAGGUGUUCUUUUGUUCAGGAAGUUUGGAGCUGCAUUGAAAGGACUAAGAGCUUAAUCGGAAGCCUGGAUGGCGAUGUCUCUGCUGUGUUCAACAACCUAUCAUCAUCGACUCCCAACUCUAUUGAUGAAUGGUUCAACCUUUGCAUUCGUCAUGCCGUUUUUUGGUCUUUAGGAACUUCCACUGCUCUCCUAAAGCUAUUGCUCAGAAAUCUAUUCGUGUGGUCAUCUCCUGGCUUACAGCCCUCGAUCUCCAAAAUUGACAAAGACCUUGCCGCGAGUUGGAUUGUGGAUGUUUUUUCUCACCUCUGAUAUCUUUUUCCUUCUUUUUUUUCUCUUUUCCUUUUUCUGUUUUGGCGGAGACGGCCUGGUCCGCCUGGCUAGACUAUUUGUGCUUCGGGUUUUUGUUUGUUGCUUCCUUUCUUCUCUUUUUCUGGUUUUUUCCUGUAUUAGUCUUCCCAGGUUCAGGGUUCAGUCCUCCUGAACCUUGUACUUUCUUUAUUUAGUUUCUAAUAAUAUCGCCAUUAAAAAAAAAUACAGUACACUAUCGUCCAAAAAAACAUGGAAUAGAAACGCUAUUAUACCCUACUUCAUAAAAAAAAAAUUUUGAAAAAAAAACAACAUUUGUAUAAUUAAAAUUUUCACUUAUUUGACAAUCGUUGGCUGGUUGGCCGACUCCUUUAUCUGACAAUGACACGAACAGACAUAGCAUAUGCAGUGAACGUCCUCAGACAAGUCGUCCACUCUCCAUGUCAACAACAUGUCUUGGCACCCUAUACAGUCCUUCGUUACUUGAAGCAUGCUCCGGGAUGAGGUUUGUUUUUUCCAUUGAGUAGCUCGUUAAGUCUCACUGAUGUAGAUUGGGGAGGUUGUCAAGAAACUCGCCACUUUACGUCAGGGUACUUUAUCCAUCUUGGCAGUAGUCCUAUUACAUGGAGAACCAAGAAGUAGUCAGUAGUAGGGCAUUCUUCAGCUGAGGCCAAGUAUAGGGCCAUGGCAACGACAUUCAGUGAAGUAAUUUGGUUGAGAUGGUUGCUGAAAGAGUUGGAAGUUACUUUGCCUAUAUAUAUGGUAACUGCUUCGGUGCACUCACAAAAAUGAGUGCGUUCAAUGUACCCAACUUAAAAACUAGUCUUAAGGUGUCGGAUUUUAAAUUUUUAUUUGUAGAAUUAGUGUAAUAUGAUGAUAUAAUAUAUGAUAACAACUAAUUAGCGGAUUACCCUAAGCUCUAGACCUCCAGUUUUGAGUUCUAUCUCUAAAUCCCAAAUUGUAAACCCUAACCCUAACCCUAAAUCUCUAAACUCUAAAUCCUUCAAAUUAAAGUAAAUCUUUAAUGGUUUUUGUGCAGAUUCAUGUGCGUUAUUGUUCAUCACGCCAUAAGUGAUGAUUGACAUCAUUUUGACAUAAUUAUUGUGAUUAAAAUAGUGAACCAGUCGAAUUCGGGUGGUUCAUCUGAUUCUAAAUCAAAGCGUUAAAAAUGG